AUGGGUUCGGAAAAUUUUCCUUUUGAAAUUGAAGACUUGGAGGCGGGACUGGCCAAAAAAUUAAUGGAAUGUUUUACCGGUGAGGUGACCGGUUACGUUCGCGUCGGUCCAAAGAAAUACUUUUUCCCUCAGAAGUACAAGGAGGAAGCUGCGAAAAUUUACAACAUGCCGAUAAAACGUGAUGAUGUCUUUGUUACUAGCUAUCCACGAUCAGGAACUACAUGGACCCAAGAGCUAGUAUGGAUGGUCGCAAAUGAUCUAGAUUACGAAAAGUCUAAUGCUAUACCACUCACUGAACGAUACCCGUUUUUAGAAUUCUCGAUUUGUGUGCAUCCAGAAAAUAAAAAGAAGUUCAUAGAAGAGAACAGUCACAGUAAGGAGAAUCUAGAGCUACUGGAGGCGGUGACUCAGCCAGGCACUGACCAGCUGGCAGUGGCCCCAUCCCCGAGGUUCAUCAAGUCUCACAUGCCUCUAUCUCUCUUGCCCCCCUCGCUGCUUGACAAAGCAAAAAUGGUGUACGUGGCCCGUGACCCCAGAGAUGUUGCCGUGUCAUUCUACCAUCUGAACAAAGUUAUGAGGACGCAGGGAUACACAGGCGACUUCAAAACGUAUUGGAACUACUUCAUACAAGAUUUGCAUCACUGGGCACCAUACUUUGAUCACCUCAAAGAAGCUUGGGAGAAGAGAGACCAUCCUAACUUGCUGUUUUUAUUCUACGAGGAACUUUCCAAGGAUCUGCCCGCAUCUGUGCGUCGCGUCGCAAAGUUCUUCGGCAAAGAAUACUCAGACGAACAGAUCGAGCGCUUAUGUGACCACCUCAGCAUUGAAAGUUUCAAGAACAACAAAUCGGUCAACUAUGACGUCAUGAAGAUCCUCGGUAUAAUGAUACCUAGCGACCAAGCUUUCAUUAGAAAAGGUAAAGCUGGAGGCUGGCGCGACUACUUCGACGAGGAGAUGACACAACAAGCUGAGAAAUGGAUCGAGGACAACCUGAAGGAUACUGACCUGCGCUUCCCUCAUUUGAAUCAUUAG